CUCAGCCAAGUCGCUACUUGCCUAUCCACAACCACUUCGCUGCUGCUGUCAUACAGACACCCGCUAUAUCAACAGUCCUGAAACAUCCAUAGGAUUGUCUGUGAGUGGAUAAGCGGAAUUGAACCGAGGCGACGUUGCGACAGCGGUGUUCAUAUGUCGGCAAUUGUCAAAACUAAGUUGAAGGCCGCCAGAGAUGCUGUAGGCAAGAAGGAAUAUGAGAAGGCUCGAGAUGCGUCCCUCGCGGUCCUCGACUAUGACUCCGAGAACUACCACGCGAACGUCUUCCUUGGUGUAUCUUAUCUAAACCUGAAUGCAUACGAGCAGAGCGAGCAAGCAUAUCAGAAAGCCAUAGCGGCAAGCUCUGAUCAGCCAUUGGCAUGGCAGGGUCUUACACAACUCUACGAGAAGAUCCAAAACUGGGACAAGUACGUGGAAACUCUUGAGAACUUGGCCCAUCUCUUCGCCAAGGCUAACGACGCCACAAAAUGUGCAGAGACACUGCAAAAGCUACUCGACUUCCGUCGGAGACCUGAACACAACACUCGCAUCCAGCUGGCACAAGCGUUGGUUCUCGUGCUACCAGACUCGCCCUUCUACGCGGUACUAUCUACUCUUCUCCCGCCGGACCCUACCAACCCGACGGCGUCCUCUACUCAUCCAACACAACUAGCCAUCCAAGAUAGCCUCCCCACCUUGGAAGAACUCAUCUCUAUUCAUGAGCAAGAGGAAACCGAGAACAUCGAGAGGGAGUUCCAGAAGCGGAGGACGCGUUUAGGCGCCGCAGGCCCCGAGCAACUCAAGAAGGAAGUGGCCAGAGAAUUCAUGUGUCCAUCUCAGCUUCCACGGUUGUACAACGAAGUCAUAAACCACCCAAACACAUCCGACGAGUUGCGCCGCGCGACUGAGGCGAAGCUUCUCCACCACAGACAGUUCUAUCUCGCCGCACUUCCUUCAACGGCGGACAUGGCGGACGAGAAGGCAAGAAUCGCUGCGGAGGUGGAGGAACAGAUCAACGGCAUUGUUCUCCUCGAGAUCCCGAACGAACUUGCUUGGACCCUAUUCAUCGAGGGGAAAGAUCCUGAAAGCAUCGAGCAAUACGAUUUUGCAAUUAUGCGUCAAUUCGUACAGCUGUUCCCACAAGCUGCACACACGAGCUUGAUCAAGGGGUACUUCGGGUACAUGGGCAUCCCACUGACCGACAAUGAGGAUGAUGAAGAUGGUUCUCCGCACCCAAACGGCGACAAUGCUGAAGACUACGUAGACAUGAUCAUUGAUGCAUUCGCUAGUCUGCCGGACUCCAUCAUCGCUCACAGGAUCAUGACGGAGAUCUACCAGACAGAGAACGAUAUCGAGAACAUCAUCAAGGUAGCUGAAAGCGGAAUCGAGGUCACUCGUCGUGCAGAGCAGAGCACUGGCAAGGCGCUCCCGACGGUCAAACAGGCAUUCAAUGUCGCCCUGGCUACUGCCCUCGUCGAUUUCUAUCCGCCAAAGAAUCACAGUCGCGCCCUUGGUAUCGUCAACCCGAUUCUAGCAAAGGAUCCAAAUAACGUGCCCUGUCUUAUGGGACGCGGCUACAUCCUGGAGUAUGCUGACAAAUGGCAAGAGGCCGAGCAGUUAUUCUCCAAGGUCGCACAGCUGCUACCGGAGGACCAUCAUGGUAGCCGUGCGAAGGAAGAGAGUGCAUGGUGUAAAGCUAACACUGGCAACCUGGAAGAAGCUGCCGAAAUACUGAGGGAAGUCGUCUCAACAUCGGACAGUCUCGAAGAUCAUGAGACCGAUAAGGCGAGAUGCUGGUACCGACUGGGCAGAUGCUACUGGGAUAUGGGGGUUGAUCACCGUGAAGAAGCUUACCGACACUUCAUCACGUCCCUCAAGCGAUCGUCCACAUUCGCGCCUGCGUUCACGUCUCUUGGCAUCUACUACUCGGAGCACCUCACGCCACCCGAUCCCAACAGGGCGUCGAAGUGCUUCCAGAAGGCCUUCGAGCUUGAUCCGCGGGAAGCGGAUGCGGCUCGCAGACUCGCAGAAGGCUUCGCCGAGGAGAGGGAGUGGGAUCUAGUCGAAGUGGUCGCCCGACGAACGAUCGAUGGAGAGGGCGGUUUGGAGGGUGGGACCGCUACCGCAAGGUACCUACCUAUCAACGCUUGGGCCUGGAAAGCUGUAGGGGUCGUCGAGCUGAACCGUCAGAACUAUCAGUCUGCUAUCCAAGCCUUCCAAAUCGCUCUCAGGACAGACGUAGACGAUCAGCUCUCCUGGCUGCGGUUAGGCGAGGCUUACAGUAAGGCGGGUCGCUUCGCUGCCGCAGUCAAGGCUCUCGAUCGUGCACGGGAGCUUGAUCCAGAAAACUGGAUUUGCUCCUACUUCAUCGGAGAGGUGCAACGCCAGACUGGCGCAUACGAAGAAGCCAUCGCUGCAUUCGAGUCUAUCCUGGUGAAGCACCCCUCAGAACUCGGAGUGCUUGUGUCGCUCGGGCAGGCAUACCUGGACCUAGGUCUGGCUGAGGUAGCUACUGCCUAUACCACUCGGGCGGAGACUUCCUUCCUCGCGGCGAUCCGCGUUACGCUGCGUCUGAUAACUGCUAGUCCUGGGUACCGUCGUGUAGCUUGGAAGAAGGCUGCUGACGCAGUCUACGAUCUGUCGCAAUUUCGUCGAUUUUCUGACGAAGACGCGGUACGUAGUGCUCUGGCUGAACUGAUCCCUCUGGUAUCAGAUCAUCCUGGGACGACCCUGGCAGGAAUCAUGGCCCUACCUGUAUCGCUAGAUACCACUGCGAACACUUCUCUCUUGGCUUUGCAGGUUGCGCUAGCAGCGUUUGAUUAUCGCACAUCGUUGGAUGCCCUUGACGACGCGGCCCGAGGCAGUGCACAUUACGACUUCGGGAUGGCGUUGUUCGCGUAUGCUCGCAAGGUUACGCAACUUCCUUCAGCAGCUGAGCAAGCACGACAGCUUGGAAUGCGCCAGAUCAAAGAUGCGUUGCGUUGCGAACCGUCCAACGAACACUAUUGGAGCGCACUGGGAACAGCUACCUUCGAGUCACAGCCGAGGGUCGCUCAGCACGCCUACGUACGAGCCAUCGAAAUCAACUCCAAGAACGCUGCGACCUGGACCAGCCUGGGCUUGUUCUACCUUCACCACGACGAUGCUGAGCUUGCCAACGAAGCUUUCUACAAGGCGCAGACGCUUGACCCUGACUAUGCAUUAGCUUGGGUCGGACAGGGCCUCGUGGCCACAAUGAACGGACAUACCCAGGAGGCCAGAGCUUUGUUCGAGCAUGCAACCGGCCUGGCGGCACCUGUGCCGGAAGCAGAUGUAGAGUUUGCAACGCGGCUGUUCAAGAAGCACAACUCGACGCCAUCAAGGACGGCUUCAAUAUCAGACGUAUUGUUCCCGGCCUUCUUCGUCAUGGACCGGUUCUGCAGGAGCAGACCCGACGAUCCCUCGGCGCUGCACCUCUUUGGACUCAUUUGCGAGCGCGUCGGUCACGUCGAGCUCGGUAUCGAGGUCCUCAGUCAUGCGAUGUCCCUGCUCGAAGCGGCGUACGAAGAGAGCGAGAAUCCUGUGAUUGAGAACCACUUCGCCAUCGCGCACACCAACAUGGCACGGCUGCGUCUCUCUACGCAAGACUACGACGGCGUUCUUACAUCGACUGAGGUAGUCAUAGGCCUGUUACCUGAGGAACCGGAGGACCGGGCCACCCGAAUACUACUCGCCCAAGCGCAGUUCCUUUCGGGCCUAGCACACUUCAAGCUUGGUCAGUUGUCGGAGGCGCUCGGGUUCUUGGAGGCUGCAAUGGCAGUCGCUGCGGACGACCCGACGAUGCGAGGACACAUCGUUGUCUUACUGGGACAAACGCUCUGGGCGAUUGGGUCGGACGAGGGGAGAGAGUCUGCCAAGGCACAGCUCCUGCAAAGCAUUGAGUCGGAUCCCGAAAACCUAAUGGCUAUCAAUACGCUGGCCGGCAUGGGUAUCCUUACCGGCGACGAGAGCCUAGUAGACGCCGCCUUAUCGGAGAUACUCGCCCUGCCUCUGGACCAACGGCUUAGUCGGGACCCGGGCAGGGACGUCGCCUAUCUGCUCAUACAGCACCAUCUUGCACAGGGCGACGUUGCGCAAGCCUUGUCUAUCGCUCAGAAGGCCGUGCUCGCAGAGCCAUCUAGACCCGAGAUGAGGCAUACACUGGCAGCUCUGGGCGUGCAACACGGCGACAGCAAGAGUGCACAGGCCGUGCUCGCAGGCACAUCUGGGCCGCGGGAAAGCAACCUGGAGAACGCACGGCAGUCACUGCAUUUGGAAGCGAUCACUCGCUGUCUCGCAGAUCCAAGCACAGAGCAAACAGCGGAGGCGCAUACACUAGCCCAGAAAGCUGUCAUACUCUCACCAUGGGACAAGCGCAAAUGGCAAGCCCUCGCUUUCGUCGACAGCCAAAACCGACGGUAGCGUGUCUGUAUGUGGGUCGUGAGGUGUGUGUAGCUCUAGUAGCCCCCAUUAUAAAUUACACUACGUAUGUAGCAACUAGUACCACAGGAUGAGUAUAUGAUAGGAUGUCGAUGGACGUCUACAGGCCCCUCAGAAGCACCGCGCUGAGUUUAUGAGAACUUGCCUGCGCCGCUGCGCGCGACGAGCAACACGCGUUGUGUGAAGGGGUCCCCGCCCUCG